AUGGCAGACACCGGCAUCCCAGAUGGUAUCAAGUGCGAUACAGUUGGAAAUGUCUAUUCAGGAUGUGGAGAUGGUCUCAAUGUCUGGAAUGCCGGAGGUACCCUGAUCGGCAAGAUUCUGGUUCCUGGUGGUGUCGCAAACUUCUGCUUUGGCCGCAGUGGGGAACUGUUCUUGCUGAAUGAGACGAAACUCUGGGUCGCAAGAAUCGCGUCUUCAGUCAGGGGUGCUUUGUUGGAGGGCAUGGGUAUCGACUGUGAUGAAUUCAAAGUCAACACAUAA